AUGAACACUCAUCAAACUGAAUCUCGUAAGCCUGUCAGAAUCUGGGUCGAUGGCUGCUUUGACAUGAUGCACUAUGGCCAUGCCAACGCUCUCCGUCAGGCCAAGGCUAUGGGUGAUUAUCUUGUUGUUGGUGUUCAUUCUGAUGCCGAGAUUACCAAGAACAAAGGCCCUACUGUGAUGCGUGAAGAAGAACGCUAUGCUGCCGUAGCAGCUUGCAAGUGGGUCGAUGAAGUCGUGCCUGAUGCACCUUAUUUUACCACCGUCGACGUUCUCCGCAAGCACAACAUUGACUUUUGUGUCCAUGGUGACGAUAUCACUACGAUGGCUGAUGGUACCGAUUGCUAUCAAGCUGUCAAGGAUGCUGGUCUUUAUCGUGAAUGCAAGCGUACCCAAGGUGUAUCAACCACGGAAUUGGUGGGCCGUAUGUUGCUGAUGACUCGUGAUCAUCACAAGCGUCGCAUGUCAGCUGGUGCAUCAUCGCUUUCAAGCUUCAACUCGGAAGAUUUGGGUUCCUUUAGUCGUGGUACUCGUCGCACUACCGUCUCGCACUUUUUGCCUACUUCCAAGCGCAUUGUCCAAUUCUCUGAAGGUCGUGAGCCUGCUGAGAAUGAUAAGGUCGUCUAUGUCGAUGGUGCAUUUGAUCUCUUCCAUGUUGGUCAUAUCGAAUUCUUAAAGCGUGCCAAAGCUUUGGGUGACUUUUUGGUUGUGGGUGUACACGAUGAUCAGACUGUCAAUGCUAUCAAGGGUGCCAACCAUCCUUUGAUGAACCUUCACGAACGUGCUCUUAGUGUGCUUGCUUGCAAGUAUGUCGACGAAGUUAUUAUUGGUGCUCCUUACAGUGUGACCGAGGACGUGCUCAACAAGGAGUACAAGGUGCAUGUCGUAGCUCACGGCAACACAGCUACGGAACCUGAUUUGGAUGGAUCGGACGCUUAUGAGCUUCCCAAGCAACGUGGCAUCUAUGUUGAAAUUGAAAACCCCAACUCGACCCUUACGACUCAGGGCAUCAUUGAUCGUAUCAUUGAGAACCGCUUUGUCUUUGAAGAACGACAACGUAGAAAGGGCGCCAAAGCAGCUAUCGAGGCUGAAAAGGAAGCCAUUGAAAAGAAUGCCAAGGCCACUGCCGCACAAUAA